GGUGCCCGCCCGCCCGCCCGGCGAGAUGGCGGAUCCCGCCGAGUGCAGUAUCAAAGUGAUGUGCCGGUUCCGGCCCCUCAACGAAGCGGAGAUUCUCCGGGGGGAUAAAUUCAUCCCUAAAUUCAAGGGCGAGGAGACGGUGGUCAUCGGGCAAGGGAAGCCGUAUGUCUUUGAUAGAGUGUUACCUCCUAAUACAACCCAGGAACAAGUUUAUAACGCCUGUGCCAAGCAGAUUGUUAAAGAUGUUCUUGAAGGCUACAAUGGCACAAUCUUUGCUUACGGACAGACAUCAUCAGGAAAAACACACACUAUGGAGGGAAAGCUGCACGACCCUCAGCUCAUGGGAAUCAUUCCAAGAAUUGCACAUGACAUCUUUGAUCACAUCUAUUCCAUGGAUGAAAACCUGGAGUUUCACAUAAAGGUUUCCUACUUUGAGAUAUAUUUGGACAAAAUAAGGGACCUACUUGAUGUGUCAAAGACAAACCUCGCUGUACAUGAAGAUAAAAACAGAGUCCCAUAUGUUAAGGGUUGUACAGAAAGAUUUGUAUCUAGUCCUGAAGAAGUUUUGGAUGUCAUUGAUGAAGGGAAAGCGAACCGUCACGUAGCCGUCACAAAUAUGAAUGAACACAGCUCUAGGAGCCACAGUAUCUUCCUCAUUAACAUUAAACAAGAGAAUGUGGAAACUGAGAAGAAACUCAGUGGAAAGCUUUACCUGGUGGACUUGGCUGGAAGUGAGAAGGUCAGCAAAACCGGAGCGGAGGGCGCUGUUCUUGAUGAAGCUAAAAAUAUCAAUAAGUCUUUGUCUGCAUUAGGCAAUGUGAUAUCUGCCUUGGCAGAAGGAACUAAAACCCAUGUUCCGUACCGAGACAGCAAAAUGACCCGAAUACUUCAGGAUUCCCUCGGUGGGAACUGCAGAACCACCAUCGUGAUAUGCUGUUCUCCUUCCGUGUUCAACGAAGCAGAAACAAAGUCCACCCUGAUGUUUGGCCAACGAGCCAAGACGAUCAAGAACACGGUGUCUGUGAAUCUGGAGUUGACCGCGGAGGAGUGGAAGAAAAAAUACGAGAAGGAGAAAGACAAAAACAAGAGUCUAAAGAAUGUUAUUCAGCACCUAGAGCUGGAACUGAACAGGUGGAGAAACGGAGAAGCUGUGCCUGAAGAUGAGCAGAUCAGCUCAAAGGACCAGAAGAACCUGGAGCCUUGUGAUAACACCCCAAUUAUCGACAACAUCACGCCGGUCGUUGCCAGCAUCUCGACAGAGGAGAAGCAGAAAUAUGAUGAGGAGAUUGCCAGUCUCUACAGGCAGCUGGAUGAUAAGGAUGAUGAAAUCAACCAGCAGAGCCAGUUGGCUGAAAAGCUCAAGCAACAAAUGUUGGAUCAAGAGGAGCUUUUGGCCUCCACUAGGAGAGAUUAUGAGAAGAUCCAAGAGGAGCUGACCCGUCUCCAGAUUGAGAACGAAGCAGCCAAAGAUGAAGUCAAAGAGGUCCUUCAGGCCCUGGAAGAAUUAGCUGUCAAUUAUGACCAGAAAUCCCAAGAAGUGGAGGACAAAACAAGGGCCAACGAGCAACUGGCCGAUGAGCUGGCACAAAAGAGUAGCACCCUGACGGCCACCCAGAGGGAGCUGGGCCAGUUGCAGGAGCUCAGUAACCAUCAGAAGAAGAGGGCAACAGAAAUCUUGAACUUGCUGCUUAAGGACCUGGGGGAGAUUGGAGGAAUCAUCGGUACUAACGAUGUGAAAACAUUAGCAGAUGUCAACGGGGUGAUUGAGGAGGAGUUCACCAUGGCACGGCUUUACAUCAGCAAGAUGAAGUCUGAGGUGAAGUCCCUGGUGAACCGCAGCAAGCAGCUGGAGAGCGCCCAGAUUGACUCCAACAGGAAGAUGAACGCCAGUGAGAGGGAGCUUGCAGCUUGCCAGCUCCUCAUUUCACAGCAUGAAGCGAAGAUCAAGUCCCUUACAGACUACAUGCAAAACAUGGAGCAGAAGAGAAGGCAGCUGGAAGAGUCACAGGACUCUCUCAAUGAAGAACUCGCCAAGUUACGGGCUCAAGAAAAGAUGCACGAAGUCAGCUUCAAGGAUAAGGAGAAGGAGCAUCUGACCCGGCUUCAGGAUGCAGAGGAGAUGAAGAAGGCCCUGGAGCAGCAGAUGGAGAGUCACAGGGAAGCCCACCAGAAGCAGCUGUCCAGGCUGAGGGAUGAAAUUGAAGAGAAGCAGAAAAUAAUCGAUGAAAUCAGAGAUAUGAAUCAGAAGCUGCAAUUGGAACAAGAGAAACUGAGCGCUGAUUACGAUAAAUUAAAAAUUGAGGACCAGGAAAGAGAAAUGAAGCUGGAAAAGCUCAUACUGCUUAAUGAUAAAAGGGAACAAGCAAGAGAAGAUCUUAAGGGCCUGGAGGAAACAGUGGCAAGAGAACUUCAGACUCUUCACAACCUACGCAAACUGUUUGUGCAAGAUCUCACCACCCGCGUUAAAAAAAGUGUUGAACUUGACAGCGACGAUGGAGGUGGAAGUGCUGCGCAGAAGCAGAAAAUUUCCUUUCUUGAGAACAACCUGGAACAGCUUACGAAGGUUCACAAACAGUUGGUACGUGAUAAUGCAGAUCUUCGUUGUGAGCUUCCUAAGCUGGAAAAACGACUUCGAGCUACGGCAGAGAGAGUCAAGGCCCUGGAGAGCGCACUGAAGGAGGCCAAGGAGAACGCCAUGCGAGACCGCAAACGGUACCAGCAGGAGGUAGAUCGCAUUAAGGAGGCCGUGAGAGCCAAAAACAUGGCACGGAGAGCACACUCCGCUCAAAUUGCCAAGCCCAUCCGCCCUGGUCACUACCCAGCGUCUUCUCCGACGGCUGUCCACGCCAUCCGAGGGGGAGGGAUGUCCAACUCCAGCUACUAUCACAACACCAAAUAAACGAGAAGUCAGUUCCACUUAGCAUGCUAAGGACUGUCAUUAAGUCACUAGCUUCUUUUUUCUCCCUUCCCCUUCCUCAACCCGAUCCACAUCCCCAUCAUCCUGCGCGUCCUGCAGCCAUCUGCAAUGCACCGGUCCCGGGUCUUUUGAGCUUCGUAGGAUUCUCCACGUGUACAGAAGUGUUCGGCUCGACUCUUCUACAGAUACUUGUACAAUGUAUUUAACAUAACCAUCUAAAGUAAACGGUAGGAAGUCUGCCACUCAGAAUCUCUCACUGACUGCGUUUGACCCCUUAGCGCUGGUUUUAGGGUUGGGGCUUCUCCGAUGCUUUCGCCAAGUCCUCUGUUUUGCAGCAGUAAAUCCCGACUUCUGGCAUCAGAGAGUUAAUGAUUCCAUGACCAAGUGCCAUCGAAGGCAGGUGAUUGUGCUCUGUCAUGACUGAUUUACUGUAUAAUAUACAUAUUAUUUUAUAUUUUUAGGGGAAGAAAAUGUGCUGCUAUAUGGUUUAAUUUUACUGCUUACAUUUUCAGAAGUAAAUUUCCCCAAAGAACCAUUUGUAAUAUCCUGAUAAAAAUCUUUGGACUGUAUAAAAUAACCUUUAUUGCAGUACCUGGUAAAGAUCAAACGGGAUGCAGAGAAAUCUGUUAGUAUAGAUCUAGGUUUUUUGAAGUUUGGUAGUUACAUGAAUAUAUCUGUGUGGUCUAUCUGAUUAAGAUAAUUAAUUAAGAUCUGAUCUGCUUGUAGUUCUCCCUACGGUGGUGGGUUUUCCUGGAGUGUGAUGGCUAGCCAUGUGUUUGUAAGCGUUGUUCUCUAUGAAAUUUUGAAGGCUUUCAGAAUGCUGUGGAAAUCUUGUCUUGGAAAAGCUGACAAGCAUCCUCCCCCCCCUUCCCUCCCCCUUUCCCACUCCCCUCACGCCUUCGGGAAGCCCCGAUCCGUUCACUCAGGAAUUCAGGUACCGGAGUGAACUGUCCCCUACCAGAACAGACGCUACGUUAAAGAAAUAAAAAUAAAAUCCUCCAAACCUUACCCCUUCCCUUAAAAAAAAAAUCAUAGAGAGUCCUAAAGGAGGCAAAGAGUCGUCUGCUCGAGCUGUCCUUUGCAGAUCAAAUUUGGGAAUACGCUUGUUAGGAGGCGGAGAGCGUAUUGCAGGGGGAAAAGGAUGUCAUGAGAAGCUCCACCAAGCAAGUGGUGGUAAGGAUGAGACCCCCUUCCUUCCCCUUCUCGGAUCUCUCUUGCGUGCCAGAGGGAAAGUUUCCAUCUUCUCAGCACUGGGGGGCACUGGAAUCGUUCUGGGAAGGUUCCUCAGGCAGGCAGAAGCUCCUGCUCCUCCUCCUGCUUCUGUGCCACACACACAUAUCCUCCUCCUGCACCCCUACCUCUAACCACGCAGGUUCCAGGAAGGGUACGGCCCAGCAUAGCCCUCUGCUCUUGUUUUGCAGACAUUUGCUCAUAUUUAAUUUAAGAUUGACUUUUUUUUUUAAUUAUUAUUUUUAUUUUAAUCUCCGGACGUGUUUGUUAGUAGACGUAGAACUAUUUAGUGCUCGGUGCAGAGCGUUUUGAAAGAUUGUGAAUUGACUUUAGGUAUUUUUUUUUUUCUACUGAAAUUAAUUAGGUUGUUGCAAAGCGAGUUGAACUUAAUUUAACUGUUGUUUUGUUGUUGUUUUUUUUUUUUUCACAUUGCACUAUUUUGGGGAGCGUUUUGCUAAAAAUAUUUAAUGAAGUUGCAAAUUUGCAUGUAUUUAAUUUAUUUUGUAUUUUUCAAAGUUUUAUAUUUUCUUUCUUUAUGUGCAUGUGCACUGCCAGAAGAAUGAACUGUGAACUUGCCAUAUGCAAUCUUUAAUAAAAAGUACUAAUUGA